UCUUCACAAACGAUCAAAUCAAAUUCCUUAGAAUUCAACCGUUCAUUUGCUUUAACUCCUUUCCUUUCCUUCUCGACCGCAUUAAAUUUGUUUACCUUUCGUCAUCAACCGAAUCAAUCCCAAUCUCUCUAUCUGUUUGGUAGAUAUGCAUGAUCCUCAAAAUAAGCACCACCAUCACCAUGAGGCGUACAGGUUCUCUCUUUUUCCUCCCCACUCCUCUCACUAUUUUCCCAGAAAUUAUUCUUCUAAAAACUUCAGUGAUAAAACAACCAUGACAAUCUCCGGCACCGGUGCGCAUGUCCUCGUCUUCCCUUACCCAGCUCAAGGCCACAUGAUACCACUCCUCGAUUUGACCCACCAGCUGGCCACCCGUGGCCUGACCGUAACCAUCUUGGUCACCCCAAAAAAUCUUAAUCUUUUGAGUCCUCUUCUCUCCUUCAACCACCCUUCCAUCAAAACCCUGGUCCUUCCUUUUCCCUGUCAUCCUUCCAUUCCUGAUGGCGUUGAAAACAGCAAGGACCUGCCUGCAAAUUUGUUUAUUACUAUGAUGCAUGCCCUCGGUGAACUUUACUCUCCUCUGCUAAACUGGUUUAAAAAUCAUCCUUCACCACCAGUGGCUAUUAUCUCCGAUAUGUUCUUGGGCUGGACGAAUAAACUAGCCUGUGAGCUUGGUAUUCAUCGCCUUGUAUUUUCACCUUCCGGGGCAAAGGCAUUGUCCGUCAUUUAUUCUCUAUGGAGUGAGAUGCCGAAGUUACAGAAUGCUGAUGAUCCUACGGUAGUUUUUACAUUGCAGAAAAUUCCAAAUGCCCCGAAAUAUCCUUGGUGGCAAAUUUCUCCGAUUUAUCGUAGAUAUGUUGAAGGAAACCCGGUUUCGGAAUUCAUCAGAGAUGGAUUUCUUGGUAAUAUCGGAAGUUGGGGCCUCGUGAUCAACACGUUCAGCGUGUUAGAACGGGUUUAUUUGGAUCAUUUAGCUAAGGAAAUGGGCAGUGAUCGUGUAUGGGCUGUCGGCCCAUUACUCCCUCCUGAUGAUGAUUCAUCUGGCCCCACUGAAAGAGGCGGGUCCAGUUCUGUUUCUGUGGAUGACGUGUUAUCUUGGCUUGACACGUGUAACGAUUGGAAGGUGGUGUACGUGUGCUUCGGGAGUCAAGCUGUGUUGACCAAUGAUCAAAUGGAGGAGCUUGCAUUGGGGUUAGAGAAAAGUCGGGUUAAUUUUAUAUGGUCUGUUAAGGAGCCCACGAAAGGCUAUGUGGAGGGUAAGUACGGGAUGAUCCCACUUGGGUUUGAAGAUCGUGUGGCAGGUAGGGGAUUUGUUAUAAAAGGGUGGGCUCCACAAGUUUCCAUACUGAAUCACCGGGCUGUGGGUGCGUUCUUGACUCACUGUGGGUGGAACUCGGUGCUUGAAGGGCUUGUAGCCGGAGUAGUGAUGCUGGCGUGGCCAAUGGGAGCGGACCAAUUUGUGAAUGCUGAGUUAUUGGUCGAUGAGUUGAAGGUGGGGACAAGAGUGUGCGAGGGUGCACAAACUGUUCCCAACUCGACCGAGUUGGCCAAAGCGGUGGCGGAAUCGGUGGGUGAGAACCGAGUUAUGAGGGACAGAGCCAUGGAGUUGAGUAAGGCAGCAGUUGAUUCUAUUAAAGGCGGGGGUUCAGUUAAGGAUUUAAAUGGAUUAGUGAAGCAUGUUGGUGUAUUGGACGUCAUGAAAAUGAGGAGCAUGGAAAUGUGA